AUGGCCACUGGUGGAAUGUCAUCCAGUCCUGGUGCCUUUCCUCUGGGUAACUUGUCGAUGGCUCUGCUCAGCUCCCCAACAGUCGGCAACGCGACCAGUCACUUCAUGACCGACAGACAAACUACUCUGUCUACUGCAUCCUUGUCUGGUUACACAGAAAUAUUUAUAACACUUUCUCCCAUCUAUCUAUCUAUCUAUCUAUCUAAUUCAUUUCAAUUCUUCUUCUUUUCUUCUUCUUCUUCUUCUUUUUCUUCUUCUUCUUCUUCUUCUUCUUCUUCGUCCAUUGUUUCUUUUCUUUUUCCAUUCUUCUCUCUCCUUUCGAAAGUCUUCAAGCUUUUCCGUCUUAUUCUUCAUUUUUUCUUCCUUAAACACAGUUUACAUUCUAUCUAUCUAUCUAUCUAUCUAUCUAUCUAUCUAUCUAUCUAUCUCUCUCUCUCUCUCUCUAUAUAUAUAUAUAUAUAUAUAUAUAUAUUUAAAACAUUUUUAUUUAUGUUUUAA